AUGUUUCGUUUUGUCUUCCAGGAGGAUCUAAUCCACCUCGGGGCAAAGUUCUCGCCCUGCAUGCGGCAGGACGCGCAGAUAGUCCAGUUGAUCCAGAAAGACAAAGAUCUGGAAAGGGAAUCUGGAUGUUGCAUUCAGAAUGAUAACUCUGGAUGUGUCCAGACACUCAUGACCGACUGCUCGGAGACGCUGGCCACCUUCAUGAAGUCUAAUAAUGGAUCUACGGACCGGUCUUCUGGCGUCGUCUGCCAUCAGGAUCCCAACGUGUGUGAGGAGCCGGCCUCGUCUCCGCCUCACCAAUGGCCAGACGACAUCACCAGGUGGCCGAUCUGCACCCAACCCAGAAAGUUCAACAACACAGGCCUCAAACACAUGGACUGCACCAUUAAAGGUCGACCCUGCUGCAUAGGCACUAAGGGCAGAUGUGAGAUCACAACCAGAGAGUACUGCACUUUCAUGCAUGGUUACUUCCAUGAGGAGGCCACGCUCUGCUCACAGGUCCACUGUCUGGCUGAUGUCUGCGGUUUGCUGCCCUUCCUGAAUCCAGACGUUCCCAAUCAGUUCUACCGUCUGUGGCUUUCCCUCUUCCUCCAUGCUGGGCUCUUUCACUGUGCCGUGUCGGUGGUCUUCCAGAUGACCGUACUCAGAGACCUGGAGAAGCUGGCAGGUUGGGCCCGCAUCUCCAUCAUCUACAUCUUCAGUGGCAUCACAGGAAACCUGGCCUCUGCCUUGUUCCUCCCCUACAGAGCCGAGGUGGGUCCAGCAGGCUCCCAGUUUGGACUCCUUGCCUGCCUCUUUGUCGAGCUUUUCCAAGGCUGGCAGAUGCUGGAAAAGCCGUGGAAGGCCUUCCUCAAGCUCCUGGGCAUUGUGCUCUUCCUCUUCCUGUGUGGCCUCCUGCCGUGGAUCGACAACAUCGCCCACAUCUUCGGCUUCAUAGGCGGCAUGCUGCUCUCCUUCGCCAUCCUGCCCUACGUCACCUUCGGCACCUUCGACAAAUACCGCAAGCGGAUCCUGAUCGUUGUGUCGCUGGUUUUCUACGUCGGGCUCUUCUCCUCCCUCGUGGUUUGGUUUUAUGUUUACCCCAUCAACCUCCACUGGCUGGAACAUCUCACCUGCCUCCCCCUCACAAGCAAGUUUUGUGAAAAGUAUGACAUAGACCACAACAUCAACGACGUGGUGCACUGAUCUUCAGGUCUUCUCUCUGCUUUGUGACAGUUUGGUUCCAGGUCUUCUGUUUUGUUUUUUGACAAUCAGUGAGUUUUUAUCUGAAAACAGGAAGCUUCCCCUCUCACCAAUCUGCUGACUCUCUUCGAAGUCACUCCAGUCCUCAGGCAGGUCUGACACGAUCUGAUCCGGGUUUUUCAUUUGUUCGCAAGCAGAUAACUCAUCAGAAUCAAGAAAAUACAGCUUGAUGGAGGUUUGAGUCAACAGAGAAGACGGGAGCGUCUCUGGUCUGCAGCUGCCGUCCGUUACGUCUGCUUAGAGGAAUAUUAAAUUCAUCAGGACUGACUUCUGGAUUCAGCACUACUGAAGCAGUCAGUGGUUCUACUUUUCCUUUUAUAAAGUACAAAUAUGUUCAAAAGAUUUAUUUUUUUUGUCCAUUGUAUGAAAUCAGAGUGUAAAAUGCUCCAAUGGCAUCCAAGGGUAAAGGGCUAUUUCACUUUUUUUGGAAGGAUUUCUGCAUUUCUUUUUGAAACUCAUUUUAUUUUUAAACCAUAGGAAGAUCAAAGAGUCAGUGGUGGCAGAAUGCAUUGAUAAAACAUUCCAACAAACCGUUAAAAUAUUAAUAAAAAUCUGUCUCUGUAUUCAAUUUGUACUUGAAAUUAAAUAACGUUGAACGUCUUUUCAUAUUCAUGUAAUUUGGUAAUAAUAUACAGAUAAAAACAUCUUUGAUUUGAUUGAUGAAGUCAUAUUUAAGCAACUCUUGGAGGCUGUUUUUGCAAAUCUAAAAAACAUAAAUCUUUCCAUUGUUCUUUUUUUUUUUUUUUACAUGUAUUGGGGGAUCCUUGAACCUUGAACAUUUCUAUUGUUUCAAAAAGGAUAAAUUUACAAGCUUUCACCACUUAUACUACCUUAAAUGCGGUACUGUUCUCUCCAAGAGUAUUUGGACUCGGCCACCAACAGCAUUUUAUUGUACCAUCCAGCCCUAAGUAGCACUUAAUUCAGAACAAGGGGGAUAAUGUGUUAGUUUUAAUUUUGUUUUACAAACACGUAUGAAGUGUCAUGCAGUCGUUUUUAGAUCCCUUUACUCUGUGCCCACAAAUUAAAAACCAUUUUUCUGUAGAGUUCAGUUAAUUAAAAGGGGGAGUAUUCUUUAAAAUUAUUAUUAUUUUUUUAUUUUACUCUAUAUCUUGUUAUAAUGUUACCGAUCAGGAGAAAAGUACCUGUGGUGUUUCUUUGAUUUGUUUAUGGCUUUAAUCUCCUGGCAGCCAUUCAGGGGUGAAUAAAACUGGAGAAACUCUGAAAUAGCCCUUUUCCCAACUGCUGGAUCACUUCAUCAUCGUAAACCCUCCUUACAGUUUGCUCCACACAUUACUGGAAUAGUUGGUCUGAAACCACUUCCUGCCUUAAACCAACAGAGACGCCUCACUAACCGUGGAUUUAUUCAUCUUCAAGGCAAACUGUGGCUCCCUUACCAAAGUGAUUUCACACGCUGCUUUUUUUUUUAUGCUUUCACAAACAUUUUGGCCCCAUAAUCUUUCCUCAAACUCAUCAUGAUUAUAUUUAUUUUAGGAUUAAACUCUACAUAGCGUUUUUUUUUUUUUUUUGUCUAAUCAAAAUACUUUUUACCACUGAGGUAUGAUGAUUGGUCUGUUUCGCCUUCUUUACACUCCAUAACAAAAACGUUUUACCAAGUAUUUUUUAGUCUGGUUUAUAGUACAAAUAUUUUAGCACACUUGAAAUACAAAAUGAAUGCUAAUAUUGUGAUAUUUUGUGUAUUUUAAUGCUAAAAAUGACUGGGGUUUUUUCAGGUAACUGUAUGGCUCUGAGUGCCUGACAAAGCAUUGAUAUCACCAUAAAUACAAUAUACUCUUAAAAUAAAUUCCUAUUUUAAAUAGUCUUUAGGACGCCACUUACUUAAAGAAGUGUGAUUUAAACAGUACAUAGUAACUUCAUUUAAUUGUAUUUUCAAAUGUACUAUUUAUUGUUGCUCUCGUAAAAUAACUUUUCCAAUAAGUUUUUAACAUCAUUAAUUGAAAUCAGUGGACAAUAAAUCUAAUUUUUCCCUAUAAAUGAUAAACAAUAAGGUAAAUUCCCAAUCCUACUCACAAAUACUUUGCAGAAUGUAUGAAUUUGUUUCAAGUCGAUCAUUUAUCAACGUUAAUGAAAAAUUACUACCUAUAAGUGAAGUAAUCUCCCUCUACAGCUGUGUUUCUCAGUUCCGGUCCUCAGACCCCCCUGCCCUGCAUGUUUUAGGUGUUUCCCUUCUGCCACACACCUGGAUUGAAUAUGUAGGUGAUUAACAGGCUCCUGCAGCACUUGAUGGUCAUGCAGUCAUUUGAAUCAGCUGCUCUGGAGUAGAGGUACAUCUAAAACAUGCAGAGCAGGGAGGCCUGAGGACUGGAAUUGAGAAGCGCUGACUACAGCUAGAUAUUUUAAUUUAAAAUAUUCCCGUAUUGUGAGUUUCAUCCGUGUUAAGGAAUUCUUUCUAACUGAAAAGUUACUUGUAAGUUAGUUCUGUCUCAUUUCAAGUGAACCAAGAUAUUUUCCCUGAAGCUAGACUAAAGAUCCUUGGUAGUAUUUAGUGUUUUUCAGUGUAUUUCCGUCCCAGCUUCUUAUCCUGAUCGAUCCGUGUUGCUGGUUUUUCGGCUCCCUGACAAUGUGAGCAAAGUCUGGGUAAAACCCCUGACAAGUGAAACAUUUCCAACAGCAUCUGACUGUUUUUUUUUUUUUUUUUUUUAAGUAUUUGGCUAAAAAAGUAUCGACCUGCAGCUGCUAGAAAAGCUGCAGUAAUGUUGAGAAGGAUUAUGUGGGUUUAGUUAGAUUACAGUAGUCGGUGAGACUGGCUCACUGAUCAGCUGGUAUUUAUGAGAAAACGAGUCAUAAACCUGGUUAAAUAGGAUGUUUUUUGUUGUUUAGGAAGCCUCCUUACUGUGCCUUUGGAUAUUUGAGCAUGUCAAUCAUGAUGAAUGCAAGCUGCAGUUUCUCUGCUGUUUUAUGUCGGGACCAAAUCAUUUAUCAUUUAUUUUUUUUGUUUCUAUUUAUUUUAGGAGGAAAAAAGGUGAUGGCCUUGAUACUGUUCUGUUUUGCUUCACUUUUGAUAAAUGUGUAAAAAAUGUUCAUUUUAAAGAAGCCAUGAUAAAAUAAACACUUAGAUAUUCUUGA